AUGGAAUCAGUGAAAAAGUCCCCAAAUUCACCAAUCCAUGAUCCACUAGAAGAAACAAAUUCAUUUAAGGAAUCAGUUGAUUUCUAUAUGGACAAAAGUGUUACUGAAUGUGAAGCAGAACUUUUGAUUUGUCACAAAGAGACUAGUUACAACAUUAUUAAGGAUACCUGGGUGGAUGAAGGAUACCCUACUAAGGAUAAGAUUUUUAUAAGGACAAAAGUAGAUGAAAAGAUCUACAAAAUCUAUUCUUGGAAUUGUGAAAAUAAAGAAACAGUGAAAGACAAUAUUGGGAUCAAUGUGUUAAAUCCACUUGCAAAAGAGGAACCUGAUCAGUCCAAGGAUUUGAUGCAGGAAGAUGAAGAUGCAACUAGAAAACUUGAUGAUAAUGUGUAUAAAGAGAUUGUUGUUGCUAGUGAGCCCGAGUUUCACUCUCAGUCUGAGAAGUCCAAAAAUGAGAUUGAGGAUGCAGUGUUAUCUAGUCCUGCUUCAGAAUCAAACAUUGAUAUCCAUGACACUAGUAGUUUUCUGCAGGAGAAUGGAAGCAUCACACAUCGGUUUGAUCAUUCGGCUUCUGGAACUAGUGGCAAAGAGGAAAGUAGUCAAGUUAGUGACUGUAAUUGUGGUCAAACUCAAAAUGCAGAUGUGAAGUCUGAUGACUAUGGUGUAACAAAUCAAGUUCAUCAAAGAUUAUGCGAGUUGAGUUUCUCCUCUAUAGGUUACUCAGGGCCUCUACCUUUUUCUGGUAGCAUCUCUCUUAGAUCAGAUCGCAGCAUAGAUAGCACUUGGUCCUUUGCCUUUCCCAUAUUACAGCCUGAAUUUAAUAACAGAGGCAUCGCAGGAAGCAGCGGGAUUGGAGGCAGCAUCUUCUUUGCUGUAAAUUCUGAAAGAUUGUUCCCUAUAGCCAUAUAA